AAAUUAAUGAAAAUGAUGUAAAAUUUAGUUUAUAAAUUAUGAGUCAUAAGAAGAGGAACUGCAUGCCACAAGUGUUGUUGGUGGGUUCAGUACUGUGUAGAUCAUGGAGUCGCUUCUGGUUGGAUCUUUUCCACAUGCAUCUUCAGUAACCACUGGUGGAAGUCUCUUGCCGCACAUACAUGGCGCCAAUAAGAAGAUUUACUAUGCACGUUCUUAUGCACCAAAAGCUUCACAGCAAAAAAGAAAAGUUCAAAAUAAAUAUAAUUUGCAGUUUGGUGAGCCAAGUUUGAACAAUCAUUACAAAUGCAUUGAAGGAGAUUCUCCAAAUAAAAAAUGCAACAGAAAAUAUAUUGUCAAAGCAUCAUCUGAACCAUCUUUUGAAUCUGAACCUAAUGCUUGUGAUCCUAAAACUGUUUUGCACUCUGUCAAAAAUUUCUUGGUUGCAUUCCAAAAGUUCUCCCGUCCGUUCUCAAUGGUUGGCAUUAUCUCAAACAUAAUUGCUACAUCUCUCCUUACAGUGGAGAAAUUAUCAGACAUAUCUCCAUUAUUUUUUACAAAUGUGUUGAAGGCUCUUGUACUUAACCUAACAAUGAGUAUUUAUGUUAAUGGUGUGAAUCAAUUGUUUGAUGUUGAAAUAGACAAGAUAAACAAGCCAUAUCUUCCAUUGGCAUCUGGAGAAUUAUCAUAUACAACUGGUGUCAUUAUUGUUGCAUUAUUUUUAAUUAUGAGUUUUUGGCUUGCCUGGAUUAUAGGUUCUUGGUCAUUCAUUUGGGGUGUUCUAGCACAAUCUAUAGUGGGCUUUGUUUAUUCAGCCAAUGUGCCCCUGUUAAGAUGGAAGAGACAUCCAGUGCUCGCAGCAAUGUGCCUCGUUUCUCUUAGUGCUUUUAUACUUCCAAUCACAAUUUUCAUUCAUUUCCAGACUUUUGUGUUCAAGAGGAUGACUAUCUUUUGGAGACCAUUGAUUUCUGUAAUUGCAUUCACGAGCCUCUACUUUGUAGGUAUAUCAUUGUGCAAGGACAUACCUGACAUGGAAGGAGAUAAAGCAUUUGGUAUCAAUUCUUUUUCAACACGUUUCGGUACAAAACAGGCAUUCUGGCUUAGUGUUACACUUUUCAAAAUGGCUUUUGGAGUCGCCCUAUUUACGGCAGCAACAUCUUCUUAUUUGUGGAGUAAAGUUAUAACGGGUCUGGGAUAUGCUGUUCUGGCUUCAAUUCUCUGGUACAAUGCCAAAUCUGUAGAUUUGGGAAGUAAAGAUUCGGUACAAUCCUUCUAUAUAUUUAUCUGGAAGCUACUUUCGGCACAUUACUUCCUCGUGCCUUUUGUUAGAUGAAGAUGCAGCAGCAUAGUUGAAGGCUUAACGCAACCAACUUAUGUGUACUUCAUUAUGCUUGUUUAGAACCACAUUGUAAACGUGAAUCCAAUUGAAGCUUCUACCUGAAAUUGUAUUUGAUUGUUUACACAUGACGUCCUUCAAAAUAUUUGUAUAAAUGUUAAGAGUGAGUGGAAAACAAUACUCUACCUUUACCAAUCUAAACCAUGUUACGUGUGUGUCUGAAAA